AUGUUGUCUCAAUUAGUAAAAAUGGUAAAAUUUAACAACGGCCAACAAUAUCCAGUUUUAGGCCUAGGCACUUGGCAGGUAAAAAUUUAAAUAUCUUGUAUUUAAUAUAUUAUGUAGUCUACUUGUUAGCUUAUAAAAUGGUAUUACCUAAUUUCAAUGUGUAGACAAUGUGGGAGACUGAGUCGAGUGGAGAUUUAAUAGGUAGGUACUAAUAUUAUACAAGAUAUUAGAUUAUAUUGUGUGAGGAUAGAAAGAGGAAGAAAAUCCAACAUUAAGACUAAAUUUUAAACCUUUGAUAAUUAAAAUAAUAAAAUAAUAAUAUAACAUAAAAUAAUAAUUAAAAUAUUCUAAUCAUCAUUUAUAUUUCAAAUUUUGCAGUCAACACCCGAAAUUAAUGAAUCGGAGCAGAUUGAAAUUUACGAGGCUGUUAAGAGUGCAAUCGAUAUAGGAUAUCGUCAUUUUGAUUGUGCUGCUUUUUAUAACAAUGAAAAGUUUGUAGGAAAAGCUAUCGCUGAAAAGAUUAAAGAAGGAGUUAUAAAAAGAGAAGAAAUAUAUAUCACCAGUAAGGUUUGUAAGAAAACAAUGUAUAUAAUAUUAUAGAAAAAUAAUUGGAGUUGAUAGGUAACAUUAUGAUGUAAAGAAUUAAUACCAGUUUUUUUACUCAAAAAUUAAAUAAUUUCUUGGUAGGUAGAUAGACUUAAAUGUUAUUAUGCAAAUUUGUUUAAAUAUAUGUAUGUACUAUGCAAGGUUUUUUAUUAAUUUUUUGUAUAUGAAAAAAUAAAUCCCAUAGAAAACAAAAUCAAAAAAAAAAGGUAAUUAUGAUAAUAGUAAAAAUUAAAUUUUGUUUAAACAUAUUGUUUAUAUUGAGUUUUCUAAUACUCGAUUGUAAAAUAUUUAUUUUAUUUAUAGCUUUGGAACGAUAAACAUAAUCCUAAAGAUGUGGAAAUUACAUUGAAACAGAGUUUAAAGGAACUCGGCUUAGAAUAUCUAGAUUUAUAUCUUAUGCAUUGGCCGUUAGCAUAUAGUGUAAAUAUUUUUGAAUAGAUAAUAUAAUUAAUGAUAGUAAAAUGAACAAUUAAUUUAUUUUUAAAUUUAAUUUUUAGGAUGAUCCAAAUGCUACAGACAAUGAAGGUCGCUUAAUUGACUCUAAUAUCUCUUAUUUAGAUACAUGGCAAGCUAUGGAACAGUGUGUCCAAUCAGGUCUCACAAAAUCAAUUGGCAUUUCCAAUUUCAACACUCAACAAGUGAAAGAUAUUUUAAAAAUAGCAACUAUUAAACCAGUUGUUAAUCAGGUAAUAAUUUUCCUAAAUCUUGUACAUAAUUGAAACACAAAAAUUAAAAAGUUAUUUCAAUUAUAAAUAUUAUUUAUGAAGUUUAGUUAACUAAGUUCUAAUUAACUAAUAAUCUUUUUAUUGAAAUGUCCGAAUGUUUUAGGUUGAAAAUCAUCCUUAUCUUACUCAAAAUAAACUCAAAGAGGUAUGCGAAAUUAAUGGCAUACUUUUAACUGCUUAUGGGCCUUUGGGAUCACCUUAUAGAAAUAAAGAAAUUAACCUUUUGGAUGAACCUAUUGUAAAACAGCUAGNAACAAAUGCUCAAAUAUUAAUAAAGUUCCAGGUGAAAUAUUGGUGUUACAAAACAAAUUUUAAUUACUAAUUAAUUAUAUUAAACAUUUAGAUCCAAAGAGGUAUUAUAGUUAUACCUAAAUCAUCUAAUCCAGUGAGGCAAGCAGAAAAUUUUGAUGUCUGGGAUUUUGAAUUAAGCAAGGAAGAUAUAGUUCUACUUGAAACAUUAAAUAGAAAUUUGCGUUAUGUGGUUUUUGAAAAGUAAAUUUAAAUAAUGAAUGUAGGUAUAUUCAUUUUCGUUUAAUUAUUUUGAUAUUAUUUUUCAGAUCAUUACACUUGAAGGACUACCCAUUUCACGAAGAAUAA